GCGGAAUUAAGGUCGACAGGCGACUUAGACAAGAUUGGAGGGCGUCCUCGAAGGAUUCUUAAGAUCAGCGAUGGUGUUGGAUUUGGAGACACCACAAAGCCAUUCGAUCCUUCGCAAUGCAGCGGAAAAAGUGAACGAGAGCUUUGUGGAGUACCAUUGGAGAGAUCGAAUAGCUUUGGAGUAGCGCAGGGUUGUCAUCAGCGACUCACUCCUUCAUUCAGUGCAGCAACAGACGCCCACUAGCUAGAGACACAGAGCAGAGAAAUUCCAAUUCGUUGAAUGGGAUUUUGAGCUGCACCGAGGGCAAAAGGUGGACGUAGCGUUACGUGAGAGAUCUUCUUAGCGAUCGCCGCCAUUCCCAUAGCAGGGAAAUCGAAGAGGCGCUCUGUGUAGGAAAGAAGAUGAACUUUUGUGGCGGGGCGGUAGAGCGUCAAGUUCACGAAACACCAGUUGUGAAGUUUGGUCAACACCACUCGGUCGUCAAUGAAGACAAAAUGCUGCAUCCUUCUAGCGGAGGGCAACAAUACCAUCAUCACGUGGACCUGCCAGUACAUCCCAGUUGCAUGGUAACCUCCUCGCAACCUCAGAAUAGCAGCAGUAGCUCCACUGCAAAGUCCUCCUCCAAAUCAUCCCUUGUGAAAAUAGCCAAGAAGAAACUCCAACAAUCAUCAGCGACUGGGAAUUCAUCCUCCUCGGGGCAAUCAAACAAUCAUCAUCAUAGCAAAUCGAGCACGACGACCAACUCUACUCCUCGAUCACGUUCUAGAUCCCGAUCUACCGGGAGGUCCAGAGGAAAGCGAAAGAGUCAGAAUAGUCAAACUCUGGAAGAAGGGAUGAGUGGGAUGGAAAUCUCGAUUGGUACGCCUGCAAGACAGACUACCAAUCCGUCUGCAAGGGGCACCCCCAGUCCUCGCAUGUUGAACCCUCUUAGCCCUCAAAGAAUAGCGGUUCACAACAACAGCAUGGAAACUGGUCAAGGGCUGCUUGGGCUUCCGUCUUUCUCCAAUAUGAAGACAUUGGAUACACUCCUCAAACGUUUGGAGAAUGGAUUCAGAGUGACCAUCCACAAUGGUUCAGAUCCUGGUGGCAAACGGGUAUUCCUCACACUUCUGCAGAAUAGAACGAGUCUCAUGAUUCGACCUGUGGGGGGCGAUGAAGGCUCCACGCCAAGUGUCAAAUUCCCGGUUCGGACCAUUCUGAGAUUAGAAAUCGGAAAGACCAAGUCAAGCGUAUUGGGUCGCUCUAUAUACGACCAUGUCCAUCCAAUGACUUGCUUCAGCAUUGUUGUCAAGCUGUGGACAGAUGCGGAAACUUACUUCGACUUUGAAGCCAGUUCCGUCAUUGAAAGAGAAGCCCUUAUUUCUACACUCAUGGUUGUCCUCGAUCAGAUGCAUAACAGUGCAGCAGCGGCGAACACUGAUCUCUCCCCCGCUAGUGUUGGUGGAGCGGCAUGGCAACAUCCCCGAAAGGCUGGUUCUUCCGGUGGUGAAACUGGAGAGAAUCGAAACCUCGCUGUUUCAAGCAGCGUCACCAGUCGCACGGGUGCUGCUAAGCCACAACCAGAGGUCUGCCUUAGUCCCGGUAGGAGAACAAAGAUCUACAGUAGCAGCUACUUCGAAGACAAUGGAGAAGACCAACAAGGAACAGAAAUCAGCUUGGUGUAUCCUCCUGGCAAAACCACCGAGGAAGCACUGGCUUACCGGUCGCCCAAACAAGGCGCCAAUAACAGCAGUAACACAAAGCAGAGCAGCAUCAACAACUCAAAGCCACUUCGCCAACGACAAUUGCAGCCAGCUGCUGAAGAUUCAGAUGCUCCCAACCCCACAUCACCUCCUCGAACAAACAGAUUCCGGACAACUCCUAGAGACUUUAUGAAUGGAAACACCUCCAAGCCAUCUUCCUCAUCCUCCCGCAACAAUGAUGCGACCAAGUCUACUGCCGCCGCCUCGACGACCAAGACUACACUAAAGUCCCAGAAUAGUAGCCAGAUGGAAGUUGUUGUCGUCGACAAGAACAAAGACGACAAAUCGCAACAAGAUGAGCAGCGUGACAGUAGUAAUUCUGAUUCGGAGGGUGGCUUUGUGAUCAUGCCAACCAAUCAACCUGAAACUGAGAUUGAAAUUGGACUGGGCGGUUCCCCGGACGGAGAGAUUCAGGCAGAAUUGAGUUUUGACAUUGCAUCUCAGGGUCUUCCCGUGUCAAAGAUUCAGUUUUCACCCACUAGAGACAACUUAGAUCCUCAAAGUGGAUGCUGUAAUCUGGCGCCACCCAGCAUUGACCAGGUGAACGCGACUUGUGGAAGUGGCAAUGGUAACCAACAAGUUGCUUGGUGUUCAGAUGACAUAUGCACUCUGGCUCUGAAAGACAUUGCAGAAACAUGCACAGGCAUCUUUGAUAACCAUCCAGAUAACCCGAACUUGGAGAUGCAAAUUGAUGGAAAUUCUCCUGCUGGUGCUAAGGCGGCGGCAGAGAGGGCCUACGUCGAGGAGUACAUUGCCGGUGUGCUGGGAGGUCCAAACAGCGCCCUUGGAGCAUUCUUCCCUGACGGUGAUGUCUGGAAUGUUGACACUUCGAAACAAUCGUCAAACCAAGACAAGCCCAGAACUAGCCGUAUCAAGAACCGGGCUUCCUUGUUGAACGCCCAGGCUCUGCGUCUACGUACUCUGCGCAAUGAAAUGACGUUUGCAGCUGCUUUGAAGCGCUCGAAAGAGAAGAUGCAGUAUGUGCAAACUACCAAAUCAUUUGAUGACGCCGACGACGCCGAUAGAGAGCGCAUACGCCAAGCACAGGAACGAUCCGUCAAUCGCUUGCAUAGUUCUGCACUUAUGAAUCGUGUUAUGGGAAGCAUGGUGCUAUCCAAGCCAGAUGCAGAGGACGACUCUGUUUACUACGACAGUGACCCAGAAGACGUACGACCAAGGACAAAGGGGGUUCGUCGUGCUCUAGCAAAUCGCUCCAAUAAGCUUGGACACGCAGAAGCUCUUCGUCUCCAAGCUCGUCCAGUGUUGAGCGGCGUGGGUUUUGAACAGAUUGCUGUGGGCAAGAAACUGAGAAAACUCGAUGAAAGUCUCAUUGUGCAGAUUGUUCAGGCCAUGAGAAACGAAACAUUGACGCUUAUGUGGCACCCCACUCAGUCUGAGAAACACCCCAACCGAUCUCCAGUAUGCGUGAACUUGUGGAUUGAAUCCGGUGUUUACUUGGUUGACGGGUCCUUCUUGCUACCUCGACUCAGCUGGAGUGUCGCGUAUGAAAAUAAUCUGGGUGCGAAGAAGCUCAAUGUUUCGAGGAGUGAACCGGAUCAAAUCGAUUUGCUCGAUGUUUGCAGGAUCCGUGUGACAGAGAAGAUAGACCGCAAAUUGCAUCCCUUCCCAGAUCCGCGCAAAUCGUUUGUCAUUGAGACGCAAGACGAAACGUAUUUGUUUGAAGCGCAGACUGCCGACGAGAGGAACCGCAUCGUCUAUGGAUAUAAACUGGUCAUUGCGCGUCUUGCGUCUCUUCUCAUGCUCCGCGACUCUCGAGCCGUGGAAGAAUUCUUUGGGUCAGCCAGCGCUAUGGUUCCCGGUGGCUUUACAGUUGGAAAAUAGGUACCGGUAUGGUCUUCGCCAGUGAGCGAGCUUCUGACUUGAGGCAACAGCUGUAGUCUAGCUAGUUUGAUGUCUAUAAUCUAUUUGAUAUGGGAGUUUGGUUGGGCGGGGGGCCACCACAUGUUGAGUUGCAAUCAUAUCACAAUAUCACCACGGCGAUGUAUACCGGUAGUAUCGGUAGGAGUGCCAAACAGGGAUUCCUCGGUUGAAGAGAGGUUCGCUACCGGACGAGAGGGCAGGGUAGAGCGAGAAUUGAAAAGAAUCCAAAUUAUCUCAGUCGUAAUAAUCGAAGCUUCUUGACUACUCUUGAGUCCACUC